AUGAUUUAAUAAUUGCAUCACCGAAUCGGAAAGGAUACCAAUGUUGAUUUUGCAGAACAAAGAAUACGAAAUUUAUUUAAUAUUGACAUUCUCAAGAAUGUUCAAGUCAGGAGAUCUUAAUUUAUUCAUCAAAUUCAUCCCAACCCUAAAUCCCUCAUCUAAGAAGGCUAUGUAGUUCAUUCUCUGCCUCUCAGGAACUGCGAUAUUAUGAAAAUCUACAAUUACCCAAAGUAAAAAAUAAAUUAUAGUCCACUCUCUACAGCCAAUGAUCAAGCUCCCCAACUUACUCAAACCAAAAUUCAAAGAAUCAUGACCACAGCCAAAAAGGACAGACAACUCAAAAUAUCUACUGACAUCUAUUCCAAUACUGUGGCCAAAAUGCCAGCCUUUUACACUAAACAUUAAUGUAUGAUUUUAUUAAGUUGAGCCAACAGUAAAACUUAAAAAUCUAUGCUAUCAACUGAAAGUAUUGCAAUCAGGAUAAGAUCACUUAGUAGAGUCAAAGAAAACCUUCAAGACUCCCAAAUUUCCCAACAAAGAUCUGCGACUCCUAAUGGCAAAAAGAGACUCAGUCAAUAUAAGCUACUCUUGCAAAAACAAAUCAAUAGUCUUUUGCAAGAUUCAUUCUUAAAUUGA